AUGCAGAAUUACGAGGAGUCAGUGUCUUUCCUGGAGACUUGGGGCCCAUUUCAGAGGAGAGUUCUCUUCUCGAUCUGUCUCACCUCCAUUCCAGGUGGAUACAUCCUCCUCUCUGUCAUCUUCCUGCUGGCCAGCCCUCCUCACCACUGCCACAUCCCAGCGCUCAGCAACCUGAGCCAGGACUGGAUCCAGGCCAGCGUCCCAGUACAGCAUGAGGCUGGGAGGUCGGAGAGGAGCAGUUGUAGCCGGUAUGAGCUGGACCUGGUCCAGAAUCUGUCUGCAGUGGAAAAUAUUCAUAACCAGAACCUGUCUGUGGUGCAACUAGAGAUCCUCCUCUCUAACCUGAAGCAGGAGGACUGCAAAGAUGGAUGGAUCUACAAUAACGAGUACUUUGAAUCGACUGCUGCCACUGAGUUUAGCCUGGUGUGCAGUGACCAGUGGAAAAUUCCUCUGACCUCCCUUGUCUUCUUCCUGGGAGGACUGUGCGGAUGCCUCCUCUCUGGACAGAUUGCUGACCGAAUUGGCAGGAAGCCUGUUCUGUUUGGUGCCAUCACGCUGAUCAGCGUCUUCAGCACUGCUCUGAGUUUUGCUCCCUCCUGGCCCGUCUUCACUCUGCUCUUCUUUUUGCUGGGUGUAGGUCAGAUUGUCGGCUACAUAGUUGCAUUUGUACUGGGUUCAGAAAUCUUGAUGGGUUCAACGCGACUUCUGUUCUCCAACCUGUGUUUGCCCUUUGUCGCCGUGAUUUCGGCGAUGAUGCUGCCAGCUACUGCCUAUCUGGUCAGGAAUUGGAGACACCUGACUCUGAUCAUGGCUGUGCCUGGUGUGGCCUGUAUUCCGCUCUGGUGGUUGAUUCCAGAGUCUCCUCGCUGGUUAGUGUCCCGUGGCCGUUUGAGGGAAGCAGAACUCCUGCUGAGGUCAGCAGCUGUGGAGAACCGAGUGGAACCUCCACAGGUCAUCUUUAAACAGAUUGAAAAGACAACCCAGAAAGCAGAGUCUUUCAACAUCCUGGACCUACUAAGGACCACAAACAUUCGAUAUAUCACCCUCAUUUUGUGGCUCAUCUGGUUUUCUUCGAGUUUAAGCACCUUUGGAUUAUCAUUCAACUUGUCAAGCCUCAAUGGAAACCCUUUCUUAAACUACAUCCUGUUGUCAGCUGUUGAGCUCCCAGCUUAUGUUAGCACCUGGUUGGCAGCACGCAGUCUUCCUCGCCGCAUGUCAUAUAUCAUCUUCACCCUGCUGGGGGCACUCGCACUAUUCCUCAUCCAGGUCACGCCACACAGUCUCCCAGCUCUCACCCUGACCCUGGUGCUGCUAGGUAAAUAUGGCAUUAUGGCCGGCGGUGGGGUGAUGUAUAUGUUUACUGGUGAGCUCUCGCCCACAGUCAUCAGGAACACAGCAAUGUCAACGUGUGCCAUGUUCUCUAGAGUGGGCUCCUCUCUUUCUCCAUACUUGCUGCAGCUAGCUGUUUUCUAUCAGUACCUGCCGUGGAUCGUUGUGGGGUCUCUGUCGCUGCUCAGCAUUCUUCUGUGUGUCUUCCUGCCUGAGACCUUCAGGCAGCCACUUCCUGACACCAUCCAACAGAUGAAGCCCCCAAAAAGGAUCAGAUGGCCAGGGACCUGCAUCCCUCCCGCAAAGGAUGAUGGGAAGUCAGCUGGGAAUCAGACAACUGCACCUGAGAUCAUCUGCACAACUCAUUUAUAAGAAUCCUUACACACACUGUACAUGAAUGAAAUAAAAACAAAGGCGAAAAUCUAA